GAUACACACAAUAUGGCAGAGUCACCUACACGAUUUAUGGAACGACAACUGAUUGUCAUGACGGGAUUACGGCUGGAUACCCCCUGGUGGUUUGGGUCGACAUGACUCUGGUUUUUGACAUUUUUCUCGCUCUAUUUUGUUUGUUUUUUGCCAGCGCCAAAGGGAUAUUGAUGACGACCAUGUACUAUAUGGCAAAAAAGGGUUGGGCUGACUUUGGGUUUUGGGGAAUGAUAGAAAAAAUGGCGGCCAGCGGCAAACCCCCUUACGGCUGGGAAGCUGGGCUAUUUGAUGACGAUAUGAACUUGACGACCUGCUUUAUUAGCCACAACAUUCUUUUAUUCAUUUCUUUUGUGGUCUAGUUAGAUUUCAUAUCAAAUGAGAUGCUUAUAACAAAAUGAUAUGCUCUUGCAGUUGAUAUUUUU